CCCUUUUGAAUAACCGUAAUCUACCAAAUCAAUCAACCACAUAGGUAUAUCUACCGGCACCGAGUGCGUUAUGCAAGAUUACCUAUACGCGGGUCCGGGGUGUCUUCUCAAUCAUAUCCUAAUCAUCCCUACUGUGGCGUUCGUUAUUCACGUCCUCGUGACUCAGGCAGUCCAGUAAUAAUCUUUCCUUUGCAUGGCCCCAAUAUCUGUGUACCCACCGCCGACCAUAGAAGCAGCUUUCACUCCGAAAUGGGCUUCUAUUAUAACCGCAAUAUGAGACACGAUCUAUAAUCUAGUACCUGGGCCCUGCCGCUGCUACCGAAUCGGAGCGUAUAUCCCUCUAGUAUCAUGUAUUCCGUGACCCACCACGUAGAGAUGCCAUAACACCUGCAGCAACGGUCUUUCUCUUGAACAAUCAUCGACAGUCCGGGAUGCCUAGCAAUCUGUUUUCGUUCUCCUUGCCAGCGGGUUUAAAGAUAACCCUCACCACAGCCAUCCACGGAAAGCUGUCAUCAAAGUCUCGUAGCCCAGCAGAUGAUGUCGUUUCCGUCCCCACAUCCGACACUCCAACAACGAAGGGCAAAAAGGCUGUCAAUAACCAGACGAUCGUCGACAUCCAUGCAGGAGAAGAAACGGAACAGAACGCCCACUGCACGACUACGUUUGCUCCAGGAACCUUUGAAGAGGAUCCACAAGAGAACGCCGCCAAACUCGUAUCCUUGGGCAUCAAAAUCCGCGACUUUGCUACCUCUUCCACCCUCCCCGCUGCCGAGCUAUUCAACCACCAUAUCGCCAUUGCUGAAUACGAAAUCAGAAUGAGGGAGAACCCCCGUGUUUCUCCCCUCCCUGGGAAGAUGCUUUACCGACUCGUGAAUAUUGGCUGCGUAUCGUUAGAAGAGGCUCGCAAGCGGUGGCAUCGUAUGGACUGGGAUUCGUUACGUGAUUACGAGUCGCUGGGAAAGCCGUACCCAUAUCGCCUCGUCCAAGGGCUCUCAGUCCCGGCCACCAGGAAGGAAAGAGAGAAGAUUAUGGAAGAAUGGGGUCAUUAUGUGGUGUUCUACGACAACGUCAAGGCGAAGUCCUAUAGAGCGGAGAGGAAAGCCAUCAAGGAUCGCCGGGAAGCACGUCGAUUGGUUCACCUGAAGGAGGAGAAAGCUAUCCGGGAGAGUUUUGGUGCAGACUUGUCGGUGCUUGCGCCUGCCGGGGUCUCUCUUGGGAGAUGUAUAGGGCCAUCGCUGAGGAGGAAACGGCCGAUAACUGAUGGUAAUAGGCCUGAGGUGGUGGUGGUAGACGCCGAUUCAACUGCUCAUGUCCCGGUCUCUACCCCCUGCACUUCACAACCUGCCUCAUGUUCGAUGGAAUCAUUAUCAUUACAAAGAAUCGACCGGCGGCAAUGAAAGAAGGGUACUAAAAUACUUCAAGUUGGGAAUAAUACAGGUAUUAAUAUAUAUAUACGGACAACUGUAAGCUACAUGAGGGGGUGCGAAUAAUAUGCUACAAUUA